UUGAUUUUUCCGAUUUCUGACGUUUUGUUAAUUGUUUUCGACUCAAGAGUUGCCGAAAAUCCGUUUUGAAAGUCCUUUAAAUCGAAAAAAUAAAUGAAACCAAACAAAGACGUCAAACAAGUCAUCAAACAAUUGAUCCAAAAAUACGACGAAUAAAAGACUGCCAUUAAAACAGAUCCCAAACUACUGAACACCAUUAGGGCGGACACAAACAGACAGGGGCGUGGCCAGUGGUGGUAGGCGGAGUAUAGAAGGGCGUUGUUGAGGAGGAGGAGCCAAAGACAGACCAACAGUUCCAACCACACCCACUAUUAAUUGGAUAUUAGAUUAAUUGGGAUUAUCUACCGAUUUAUAUUACCGCGGAGGUCCUGGUCGAGACAAUGGCCACGAGAGCCGACGCCAACGACGCGAAGAGCGAGAGAACAAAAAGCGUCCAUUUUUUGUUCCGCAGACUCGAAGUCAUUGUUGUUUUGAAUGUUUGUUUCCAUUGGAAACCAAUUCCAGAGAAAAACAGAGUUUUUUGAGAAACAAUUCAUUCGUUUUUUCGAUGGAUUUCCGUUCGGAUCUCUUCCAAGACCUGAACGCCAACGCACACGACAUUGCGUCGGCCGUCCUUCGCGUGCGAUCAGUUCCUCGCGAUCGACGUGUUGAUGCAAUUCGUGGAUUACGUCUUAUCGUUGGUCAGACGCGAAACACAAUUCCUUCCGUUUGUCGAAACGACUUUUUUGACGCAAUAAACGAUAUUCUCAGAGACUCGUCGUCUUCGGCCUCUCUUUUAGCCGAAACUCUUUGGCUUUUAGUCGACAUAACUCCGACUUUAGGCCCCAAUUCCACAGAUCGUUAUCUUUCGCCGCUUUUGCCGAAAACUCUUGAGUUAUUGAACGGAGAAACGGAUCCCAAAAGAGCUUCUCUUCGAUUGAUUUGCGUUUAUAUGAAAUUCACUCAAAAUCUUCAAUUAAUCUUUCGUUCGAUUAUUGAUUUUGGGAUCAAUUCUGAAGAUUUAUUAAUAAGAAAAUCCGUUUUAACGACUCUUCCGUUGCUUUUAUCCGAAGAUUUGCAAAACGAAAAUCUGUUUCCUUUGGUCUCCGCUUUAGGAAAGUCUUUAAUCAGAUCCGAAACGCAAUUAUUUUAUGCGAUUUUUUUAGUUCUUCAAAGAAUCCAUUCUUUAGUCGGAAAUUCUGUUUUCGAACAGUAUUUGGAUUCAAUAGAAACCGAAGCAAAACAACUCUAUCGAUCCGUUUUGUCCCGAAAUCCGUCCGCAGAUCAACCGAUUUCAGACUCUCUUUUGGAGAUGUCGUCCGAAAGUCAACGAAACCGACAAAAAGUCGUUUCUUUCGACGUUUCGAACGACGAUUCGCUGGCUUUCGGUGUAUUUCCCGCCGCAGUCGUCCGUUUGGCCCAUUCGGAGCGAUCAUCGGAGCGUUUAUCCGCCGCUCAAUCGAUUUUGCGGACUCUUCGCGACGCCUCGAAAUCGCGUCUUCAGAAUCUGCAAACGGAUCAGUUUUUAUCGCAUUUAAUCGCUUCUCUGCUUUCGGAUCACAAUUUUGACGUCACUUUAUCCGCUUUGGAUAUAAUCGAAGUAUUGGCCGAACGUUUUCCGACAACUCUUCGUCCGUCUCUCGAAAGCGUCGUCUUUCUCGUCGUGCGUCGUCUCAGUGACGUCCGAACCGUCGUCCGCGAGUCCGCCGUAAAGACCUUGCAUUGCGCCCUUCUUCCACUUUCUCCGCAACAAGUUUUGGACGCUUUGCUGGACUUCCCCAACGCCCACCCACGCAUUCGACAGGAAACGGCUCAUCGGAUAACCGCCGCGCUUCUGACUUGUCCACGUGAUUUGAAUCUUUCGCGUCUUAGUUUCCGAUUGAUUCCUCUUCUUCGGGAUCCAAGAAGAUCCGUCCGUUUGGCGGCUUUAGAGACGACUUCCGCUUUAGUAAACGCUUUUAAUCCGAAUCGCGCGCAUCCGCUUUGGGCCGCAAUUGAAGCCGAAGAACGCAUUGGAUCUGAAGGACUGAUGUCUGCCGUCAGAGCGAGAAUCAGUCGGAAACAACUGCCGAGAGUGGCCUCGGACGGAACGGUUCGUUCGGUUUUAGCGAAUGUCGAGACUUCCGGUUCUGAUAUUCAAUGGGUUUUAUUGGCCGAGAAUUCGCCGGAAAUCGAAGACAAAAACGGAUUUCCUUUGAAUUCGAAUCAAUUGAAAGUCGACUCUUCGGACGCUUUGGAAGCAAUCGGAAGAAGAAAAUCUUUGGCCGAAAACAAUAUCGAUAAACUCCUGAAUACAGGAAAUACAGACUCUUUUCCGCCGAUUCUCUUAACUCGCGGCAAUUCGUGGUCUUCUGAAGACGAAAUGCGUUUGUAUUCAAGUAUUCAAAAGUCUUUAAUCUCUAUAGGUUUCUAUGACAACAACGAAGACAACAAUCAAACAAACAAAGAACACCCGGAAGUCACGUCUCGAACUCCACUUCCGGCCGUUCAAGACAUCGUAACCGACGAUUUCGGCAAUUGUUCUCCCGUUCGGUCCGAAUCUUCGGUUUCCGAAUUUCUCAAUUCAAAUGUCUUCGAAUCGAGAAUUUCUCCGCUUUUGGAAAGAUCUCUGUCUUUGCCCUCAAUUUCGGCCGAAAAUCCCGGAAAUGAAACGCAAGAACCGGAAGUCACGUUCAAAACCGAACCCGAAGUCGAAGUUCCGCUUUUGGACGCAAACAGAGAAAUGGAAUCGACUUCUGUUCGUCCGGAAAGAGAGGCAGAGGAGGCGCCCCUUUUGAGCGUUGAGGAGGUGACACCCGAAGUCCGCGUUUUGACUCCAGAAUCGACUCAAACAGAGACAAUCGCGAGAUUCGAUGUUUCGACGCAAAAGAACGACGACACGGACGACGACCACAACAACCAAUCACAACCCAUUGACAAACACCCUCCCCCACGACGACACACACGGCGUCUGUCGCGCUCGCAAUCUCCGCWWAGCCGUCGUCGUCCGUCUCGACUUCCGCAGCAUUUAUACAUCCGAACGACGCCCGCAAUCGCCGCAAAUGCAAACAUAAGAAUCAUUCUCUCGAAUGUCGCCAAAACCGAAGGCGCUUUUUCUGAACCGCAAGAAGCCCUGAGAGCCGCGCUUCUCGCUCUGCAAGACGACGCCUGGACGACCAAAGUCGAGGGAAUGUUGGCUUUGGCCCGAUUGGCGCACUUCCAUUCCAGUGUUUUGAUCCGAGAAUUGCAUUCUUCAGUCAAUGGUUUGAUUCGCGAAACAAGAAAUCCGAGAUCUACCGUUUCAAGGGCCGCCAUCUUCACUCUCGGCGAACUCUUUGUUCGGCUGCGCGGACAGGCCGAACCCGAGUUGGACGCGAUGAUCUCGGCUCUGUUGGCGCGUGCGGGGGAUGCGGCGACUUUCGUGAGAGAAGACGUGGAAAGAGCGCUUUCUUCGGCCAUAGAUUUUAUGCCUCAAACGCGAACGGCUUUGGCUUUAAUCCAAUUCGGAGCCAAUCAUAGAAACGCUUCCAUUCGUCGGACUUCCGCUCGUUUUCUGUCUGUUUUGGUCGACAGAAUGGGAGCCACGAAAUGUCUUUUAGGGCCGAAAGACAUCGGCGAACAUCUUCUGCCGUCUGUUUCGCGAUUUAUUGUCGAUUCUUCGCCAAUAACUCGAUAUUUCGGACGAAAAAUAUUCGCAGUUCUUAUGAUUCAUUCGUCUUUCGAAAAACUUUUGCGAAAACACGUGACUCCAGGAACUUAUCGAAAUAUCGCCGGAAUUCUUGAGUCGAUUCGCCGUCGGGGUGUCGGCGAUCGUCCGCAAGAUUUGGUCAGUGAUGCGCAGCCGUAGACGACAUUUAAUCACUUUUUUCCGCUUUUUCUCUCUUUUUAUCGAAAUUUUCAAUAAAUUUCUGGAAAUUAUUUCAAAAGUUAUGCAAAAGUUUUAUUGAAAUCAGAAAUCGUUUGAACUUUGAAUCAAACGAUUCAUUAAUUCUUUGAUUAAUUCAAGUCUUGUUUCGAUUUAUUUAUUAAUCUUUAAAAACCUUUCAAACUAUGAAUUAAUGAAACUUUUUAUCAAAUAUUUUCCAUUUUUUUCUA